UGGGCCUUAGAUUCCGUGGAGAAACACUUUCUACAACGAAUUUUUUCCUUCCAUUUCCACCUUUCUCUGACUGAAAGCUUGAGGGUUGGUUUUUUUCUCUCUCCUUCAUUUCUUUUUUGAGUUAUUCCCACACAAGAGACGUGCCAUCGCCACCAUCACCAGCAGCAGAAGCAGCAGCAGCAGAGCAGCAGCGGAGGAAUAUCUCCCAAUAUCCCAUCCCGGGCACGUCGGAUAAGCUGCAGCAGCGAAAACACGAGGCGAAUAUUGCGGUGGACGGGAACGGGAACAUGCUCCCUGUGAUUUCACACCUUUCACCCUGUUCCGGGAGGCAGUUUGGGCUUGUUAUGGGGGUGACCGGAAGGAGAGAGUGACAGAGGAACAGUGAUGCUACUGUUUACAUAACGAGAGACUCACACAUACACACACACACACAUACAUACUCACAUUCUGAAAUCGCCAGUCUAGGACAUCCACACUCGCUUAAACACAUACAUGCACACGCAGACACGUAUUCUAGGGACUCACUGACUGAGUCACCACACACUCAGAGGCACAGACUCGCUGACUCACACACAGGACCAAGCACACACACGCACACGCACACACACACACACACACACACGCACACACACACACAUACACACACACACACACAAAACACAAGAGGAAAAGGUUGUUUGCAAGAGUGUGUGUUGUGUGUGCUAUGGGCCAAGCUGAGCAGCAGCUUUGUGUAAGUGUUGGAUACCUCUGAAGGGUCAACACAGCUGUAACCCUCUCCCUCCCCCAGUUCUUUUCCCCACUCAUCCCUCAUCUCCAAAGCUACCCCUAAAUACACCACCAUGUCUGGGUUGAGGGUCACGAGAAGUCCCUCCCCCUCGUCUCCGCUCCCAUCCUUUUCCUCCCCGUUUGGGUUUCUAUUCCGCCUCCUAUCCCUCUGCCUCGCCAUUUCUCUCUAUCCGGCCUCCUCAUCUGCGCAGCAGACUGUGCCUGUCAUCUCCACGGCUCAUGGUCGCAUCCGUGGCAUCCUGACCCCGCUGCCCUCCGACCUCCUGGGGCCUGUUAUCCAGUACCUGGGAGUACCAUACGCAAGGCCUCCAACGGGGGAUCGGCGCUUCCAGCCUCCCGAGCCUCCUCUACCCUGGCCAGGGAUACGAAAUGUGACGCAGUUUGCUCCAGUAUGCCCGCAGUCGCUGGAUGAGAGGAGCAUGCUGGGAGAUAUGAUGCCGUCCUGGCUCACGGCUAACCUGGAUAUAGCGGCGACGUACCUCACUCACCAAAGUGAGGAUUGUCUCUACCUCAAUAUCUACGUGCCCACUGAGGAAGACAUCCAUGAGGAGGGAGGUCAGCGGCCGGUGAUGGUCUAUGUCCAUGGGGGCUCGUAUACAGAAGGCACCGGUAACAUGAUGGAUGGCAGCGUGCUUGCAAGCUACGGCAACGUCAUUGUCAUAACCCUCAACUAUCGCCUAGGAGUGCUGGGAUUUCUUAGUACAGGUGACCAGGCAGCAAAAGGGAACUAUGGCUUGUUAGAUCAGAUCCAGGCUCUCCGCUGGGUGAAGGAGAACAUUGGCGCCUUCGGAGGAGACCCAAACAGGGUUACUGUAUUCGGAUCCGGGGCCGGAGCUUCCUGCGUCAGCCUCCUCACCUUGUCUCACUACUCAGAGGACCUGUUCCACAGAGCCAUCAUCCAGAGUGGCAGCGCUUUAGCCAGUUGGGCUGUCAACUACCAGCCCAGCAAGUACGCCCGGCAGCUUGGCGAGAGGGUGGGCUGCGGCAUCGACGACAGCACCCAACUGGUCGCCUGCCUUCAAGGCCGGAGUUACCGCGAACUUGUGGAGCAGAACGUUACACCGGCCAAAUAUCAUACAGCCUUUGCCCCUGUGAUUGAUGGUGAUGUUAUACCUGAUGACCCCCAGAUUCUGAUGGAGCAGGGAGAGUUUCUGAACUACGACGUGAUGCUGGGGGUUAAUCAGGGCGAGGGCGUGAAGUUUGUGGAGGGCAUCGUGGACUCAGAGGACGGUGUCACGGCUGAGGACUUUGACUUUGCUGUGUCAGACUUUGUGGACAGUUUGUAUGGAUACCCAGAAGGCCGAGAUACACUGAGAGAGAGCAUAAGGUUCAUGUACACAGACUGGGCGGACCGAGACAAUGCAGAAACCCGGAGGAAGACUCUCGUAGCGCUGUUCACAGACCACCAAUGGGUGGCACCAGCGAUCGCCACAGCUGACCUCCACGCUCAGUACGGAUCCCCCACCUACUUCUACUCCUUUUACCACCACUGCCAGAGUGACGCCACACCUCCCUGGGCUGACUCUGCCCAUGGUGAUGAGGUGCCCUACGUGUUCGGCGUGCCCAUGGUGGGACCCACUGAUCUGUUCAACUGUAACUUCUCCAAGAACGACGUGAUGCUGAGCGCUGUAGUCAUGACUUACUGGACCAACUUUGCCAAGACUGGUGACCCAAACCAGCCAGUUCCUCAAGAUACCAAGUUCAUCCACACUAAACCUAACCGUUUUGAAGAGGUGGCCUGGUCCAAGUACACCCCUAAAGAGCAGCUGUACCUCCACAUUGGCCUGAAGCCCCGUGUCAGAGACCACUACCGUGCCACCAAAAUCUCCUUCUGGCUCCAGCUGGUCCCUCACUUGCAUCAUGUCAAUGAGCUCCUCCAGUCGGUGUCCUCCUUCACGCAUAGUCCGUCUCCACAGGACGACACCCCUUAUUCUUACACCAAGCGUCUUGCCAAAGGUUGGCCGCCUAGUAGCACACGCCAUCCAGGUUCACAGGCAGGUACUCCUCAGCCACCGGAGUCUGCUUUAGGCCAAGGUGGGGAAGAAAACGGGGUCCGCGUCCCUAAUGAGGACUACUCAACUGAACUCUCAGUGACGAUUGCGGUGGGAGCGUCACUGUUGUUUCUCAACAUCCUCGCGUUCGCGGCUCUGCUAUACAAGAAAGACAAGAGGCGUCUGGAGCAUCGUCGGCCUCGUCCGCUUCCUCCCCCGAGACGAGACAUCACACCUGCAGAUGUCGCCGCCCACCUGCAGGGGGAGGGACUGAUGUCAUUACAGGUGAAGCAGCUGGAGUGUGAUGUUGCAUCAGCAGACGAGAGGAACAACACUCACCACCAUCACACUCUAGACACGCUGGACGCCCUGGACGGCAUGGACACCCAGGACAUCUACAGCACACUGGACACCGUGCGCCUCACCUGCCCACCCGAUUAUACCCUCACCUUGCGCCGCUCACCUGAUGACGUCCCCCUCAUGACCUCUCUGACCCCAGGAUCACUGCCUGUGACCCCUGGGUCACACCCUGUUACCCCGGCAACGCCAAUGACCCCCAUGACGCCCGGCUCAGUGGUGGGGAUGAGGAUGGGGCAUCCGCACCAGGGAUACACACACCAUAGCCCAUAUAGUAAUACACACUUGCCACACACACACAUCUCAGCGCACACACACUCCACCACGCGUGUAUAACCGCAGCAAGAUAACUGCACAUACAGGGACAUAAUUAUAACACACACACACAGCUACUAACGAGCACACACACACCCGUGCGUACACAGACACACACACACACACGCACACACGCACACACGCACACACGCACACACGCACACACACACACACACACACACACACACACACAUAUAACAAAAGACUUAAAUACCUCUACUAAUUACCCUGCAGGAUUGUUACAGACGGAGUGACAGAAAGACAUUUUCAGUAACAGGAUGAAAAGACAGACAGCUGUGUGUUGCAUGUCUGGGAACUGAAGAAAAACUGGAUCCCAGGAGAUGCAGUUCUAUGCAUCAUUCGCUCAUAUCCUGGAACAAGACGAGCCAAGACAUCCAUCAAAUGUCUCCAAACCUGCUUUGGAUAUUAAAUCUUCUGCUUUUUCUAUACCUGAGGAGUAAGAGGAGGAGCUCUGUGGCGAAAGGGUCAGUUAUGGAUCAGUUUACAUCUCGUACUGUACCUGUGCUGCACAGUGAAGCAGUGCUGGGACUGAGCAAAGCAGAUGCAGAUGCAGGGCUGAGCUAAAGAGUACCACACACAGACUGCUGAUGUCAACUUGAACAACCUGUGAAAUGUGAAUGUAGCAUUUUUUCCAUUAAAAGAUCAAAGGCCCUAUCUGCCAAGGAUCAAACUAAGCUGUGGAGAAAAUAACAAAUUUCAGCAAGAGAUGGAUGUAAAGACAGACAGAGAGGAAGAGGGGAUUAAAAAAAACAACAUUAGUUGAUGGAAAAGUUAGUCAGAUGGUGUGAAAAAGAUUAAGAUUUUAUUGAGAGGGAUUUAACAGCUGCGAGAGCGAGAAAGACAAAGUGAGAUAGAGUGAAAUGGAAAACACAGGAAUGGAAAGUGUGCCAAGAGACAGAAACUAGCUUCAGCAGAAGAAGGGUUGUCAGAUUUACUGAAGAAUCACUCUAACCAGCUAUGUGUUAAACUCUUGUAAAUAGAAUGGAAAGAAACAGAUGAUAUAUUAUGAUUUAUAGCAUUUACCUGCUCUUGCAUUAAAACAUGACUUAUUUAACCACAUUAUUGCUUUCAUUUCAGAUAUUACUAUAUUAUUGUAUAGAUGUCCUAAAGCAAGGCUGGUUGUCUUUCUAUCUCACCCACUGUAGUAUGUACACAGUACAUUUAUUUAAAGGCUAUAUUUGCUAUGCACAGCCAUUUCAGUAAUUCUUAACUGUGUAAACAUCUAGAUACUUGUUUAGUAGUUGAAGUAUAGGACAUUUUUCACACCAUCCUGUCUAUUUGUUUAACCAUUGGGUGAUGAGCUAGUACUGUGUAGAUAAUGCAAUAUUGGUUUGAUGAUUGAGCACCAGCCAAAAACCAUGACCCUUAACCCUUUGAACCUAACCCCUUCCCGUUCUCCUUUCCCCUUUGCUCCUAAAAUUCUUCUAAUAGGCCUUUCCCGUAAUUCCUAAUUAACCCAACCUUAACAGACAGGUGGUGAUGAUUCAGGGGGUCCCGAGUAACAGCAAGUCCCAAAAGGUCAAGAAUGCUUUUUCAUAUUUGUGUGACCUUUAUGUUUCACACCUUACCAGGGGCCCCAGUAAUUCUAGAAGCGCCCCUGCUUGAACUACCUAAUGCUGACUGAAACCUUCUCCCUCUCAACAGAGAUCGAAAACAUUUCGCAAACUAAGAAUUGUUGAAGCUUAAAAUCUCUCCACAGUGUCACCCUGUAGAAAAAUGUGGAUCUGUCACCCACAUUUUAAAAGUCUGGAGUUGGGUUUACUACAUGCCACCAUGGUGUCAAUUGUUUGGAGCCAAAUUUGAUUAACGAGCUGGAGCCUGGGUGGAGCUGAGGAGGGAUGAUCACCUCGGCUUUGUGUGAUCGUUUGAUUGACUUGACAUUGAUGGCAAACACGCCUCCAAACAUGCCGCUUGUUAAGCCUUAAUACCAUCUUAACGAAGCAAUACUGUUUUUCAAAUUGCCACUAAGACACACUUUAGAGCAGUGAAAUGAAUGAUCAAACUGACAACCAUCCAGUGGAAAUAAUGAUUGACUGGAUUUCAGAGAGAAGCUGGAGGUUUUCCUGCUGACUUCACAGUGAGUGCUUGGGGGACGGUCGUGGUUACUGCUAUGUGUCAUCAUAAUAAGACUCCCAGCAUUUCUAAAAUCAAUUUCAACGAUUCAUAUUGAGAAUUCAAUAUUCACAAUUCAAUUAUUCAUGUGGCAGACAUGUGGUACUGUAGUUUUACUAAGAUAAAAACCCCAACCUCCCAUACCUUAAUCCUAACCGCUAACUCAACCAAAGGCCCUAACCCCGUUAUUGUAAUUUACCUAUUUUAUCCUCUUUUCCUGCUUUCCUUCCCUGUCUCCUCUACCCCCAACCCCAGCCCCCACCCCUCCCAGCCUCACUUGUGCGACUACAUGCAGCUUUGUCACAGUGAGGCCUAUUUAACCUCCUCUCAUUCUAAGUAACUUCUUCACGAGAGAUUUUAGUUAACUGUCAACAGAAUACAUGAAAAAUGAAAGCCGAAAAAUGUGUAGAUGGCAAGCAAAGAACUUUUACAAAAUGAUAUAAAAUUAAUGUUAAACAGAUGUUUGAUUGACUGAAUAUUUUUUUCAUAUGGGUUUAUUGACUCAGCGGAUGGCUGGAUUGUGUCAAGCAUAAAACAUUUCUGCUGCAUUUUUGAAAAAUAAAAUAUCAGUAUUUUACAAUU